CGUCCAGUCGAAGCAAUAUGGAAUCCAAGAUUCGGGCUGGACCGAUUUCUCAAGAUUCUAAAAUUGCCAUGACAAGCGAUCCAGGAGAAAAAUCCGGGGACCAAGCUAUGUUAAAAACAGUUACAGUCAGGUGUUCUCCUAAUCAAGUCAGCAAAUCAUCCUAAUAUGAAUGAAGGAACAAACAAAGUGUUGAAGUACUUCAGUUUAGCGUCAUUAACAUUACAAAAUGCCAUACUUAUUCUCGUCAUGCGUUACGUGCGGACACGUCCCGGGGACAUGUUCACAUCGUCAACGGCCGUCGUCAUGUCAGAGACCAUCAAAUUCAUUGUGUGUAUGCUCCUCAUUCUCAUCGAGGAGGGAGGGGUCGUCCCCUGGCUGAAACAUCUCCGGGAUAACAUCAUACGUCAGCCUAUGGACUGUCUGAAGAUCUCUGUGCCUUCGGUUGUGUAUGUCUUGCAAAAUAACCUGCUGUAUAUCGCCGUUUCUAAUCUUGAUGCUGCAACAUUCCAGGUGACCUAUCAACUAAAGCUUCUCACGACUGCCUUGUUCUCCGUCAUCAUGCUCCGAAAACAGCUCAGCAAGGUUCAAUGGUUUGCACUCUUUCUGCUGUUCUUGGGCGUUGCUAUUGUGCAGCUACAACCAGCGGACUCUGUCAAAGUUAAUAAAGUUGUUACAGAACAGAGCCCGAUCGUUGGGCUAGCAGCUGUGUCGGUGUCGUGUCUCAUGUCAGGAUUUGCCGGCGUUUAUUUCGAGAAAAUACUUAAAGGAACACAGCAGUCGUUAUGGUUACGGAACGUACAGCUGGGAUUUUUGGGCAUGGUGUUCGGACUCAUCACAAUGGAACUGAACGACGGGCCUAAAGUUCAUGGACGAGGAUAUUUCUUUGGCUACACACCGACCGUGUGGUUUGUGAUAUGUCUGCAGUCCUUUGGCGGCUUGAUGGUGGCAAUGGUCGUAAAGUACGCUGAUAACAUUCUCAAAGGGUUCGCCACGUCGGCAGCCAUUGUGAUAUCAUGUGUCGCGUCGAUAUAUUUCUUUGAUUUCCAGUUGUCUGUGCAAUUCAUGUUCGGUGCCGGUGGGGUAAUGGUUUCCAUAUACUUAUAUUCGAGAUUUAUACCAGCUGCCAAAACAAGUAAUGGGGAAACAAACCCAGUCAUAUCAGUCAAUAGUAGUAAAAAAUGAGUAUUAAGUUAUAUUAUAUAAAGCCACUAACUUACAUGUGACAUUCUAUGUUCUUUUAAUUUACCUAUUAGUAUUAGACUGCUUAUGUGACUCGCUCUACCAAAACUAGGCGCUUGUCGCAUCUGAACUCGACAGGUUGAUACGGACUUUUGUUCAUUUCCCUAUUGUAGACCUUCUGUGAAAUCUAUUACAAACUGAUUUGGUCACAUUUUACAAAAGGUCUACAAUAGGGAAAUGAACAACAAGUCCGUAUCAACCUGUCAAGUUCAGAUGCGACAAGCGCCUAGUUUUGGUAGAGCGGGUCACUUAUAUCUAUGAGUACUGAGUUUUUGAGGUUGCUCUUCUUCACCCUCCAGGUCAAUUCCAAGCGAACUGACCUAAACAUUGAUGAUGCCAUUGGAUCUGUUGAACCCUGCAGGGCUUUCCAAAUACUUUGAGCAGCCAGUUGGGGUGCCAGAAAAAAAUGCCAGGCUGCCCUAGGGGGUGGCAGGCUCUUGACCCCAGCAGCCUGCUGCCAAAAUAAUUUCUUGUGGUUCUGUUUUGGUUUUUGACUGCCCAAUCACAUUUUAACCACUCAACACAUGGCUGAUAAGUAGGAACAAGUCUAUCACAGCUUAAUAAUUCUCAUAUUAGUUCUGAAUAGUGCUAUAUACGUCAGUUUUUUCCAAAAAGUGGACAACUCGCACAUCUUUUGCAGCAUUUUCGCUACAUCAGAGUUGAAGAGAAGCUGGAUAGCCCUGCGCCCCAUUCUCAAGUCAAAGCAGGGAUGGCAUGCAAGAGUUGCCCUGAAACAGUGUGUGUAAUCAGUACAUUGUGUAUCAGUCCAGUGGCCAGUGGGAAAGAGCACCACCUAGUUUAGUAUCAACCCCUAAUAAACAAUCUGAUAUUUCAAAAGUGACUACAUAUUUUUUACUUAGGCAUAACUUUUAUUAAUUAUAGAAAAAUAGUUUUUCUCUUGUUAUAAACAUUUUUUAUGACUUUUUCUGUGCGGAGAAUGUUUUGUUGGUGAUCAUGAAGUCAACUGUUAUAAGUUGAAAUUAUCCAAGAUCAUGAUACUUUGUGUUCUUUUGGAGUCAGCUGGUAGGCCCACUUAAAGAUAUUGUGGCUGUCUACAUCAGAUACAUGUAUCUCAUGUGAAAGUUAUUUUGAAGAUGGUAUGCAUGCUAUUUUUUCCGCCGUCUUGAAAUUUGAUCAGGUUGCUUUUUACCAUUCGGCAACCUUCGUGUGUCCUAAUUCAUGUUCAGAUAUGACAUUGUUGUUGAUUGUGACAGAAAUUGUUAUCUUUCAUUUCAGCUUUGUUGGUAGAUGGCAGCACUUUAGAUAUGAGAUUGAUAUUUAUAAACGUGACUGGAUGUCUGGUGAAGGAAAUAGCAUUUUGUUGCUGAAAUUACUGUAAAAACCAAUAACUUUUUUGAUGGCUUUUAAUUUUUUUCACUCUAAUUUCUUCAGAACUACAAUACUCUGUUGUAACAUUGCUCUGAAUUUUGUUGGUAUGAGAUCAAUUGAAAUUGACAUCUGUAUUCAAUACAUAUGGUGGUGGUCUCUAUUAACAUUUUGGGUGGCUUUGAUAUAGUGGCAUAUUUUGCUGGCUGACAUAAUGUUGACCUUUCCUAUAUAUAGGGAGGAAAACAGCUUUUCACUCUGGUGUCUGAGCGAGGUACACAGGUAUAAAGAAUUUUGGAUCAACAUCUUUCUGACGUCAUUCCAUGAACACAAUUCUGACAUCUUCUUGCAAGAUAUCAACUUGACUCAUGUGCAAUGAUAGGACAUGGGUGUCCAGUAGCGGUCCUCAGAUUUGACGUUCGGCCAACAUCUUUCUGAUUCCAUUCUGACAUCAAGCCUCAAAUUUCAGCUUGAUGUCAGGCCAUCAUCAAAUAGGCAUCGGACUGCCAUCAAUCUUGCAAGAUGUCGGCCCGACAUUUGAAUAUUUUCCUGUGGAUUAAAUGACUGAAUCAGCUUUGGGUCACAAAAA